AUGUCUGACACAACCCCGUCUGCAACCACCGUCGUUGCUUCCGGCCCAACUGACCCAUUGUCCACCUCCACUACACCUCCGACGUCCACCAAUGUGUCCUCAACCGCUUCCACGACUGCUACUCCCACUCCCCAAACACCUUUGGACGUCAACGGCAACAACAUCGGAUUCCACACAGUCGCCCCCCGCGGAGUCAACGACCACAUCAACAGAGAGCACAUCCACUGGGACGCUUACUACUACCACGACUUCAACUUCCACGACUUCCACUUCCACUUCCACUUCCACUUCCACUUCCACUUCCACUUCCACUUCCACUUCGACAACCGUCUCGAGGACGACCACCUCAAGUACCACCACCGCUGCGGAUCCUCCUACGUCCACAUCGAACACGACGACCUCGACCACCACCUUUCUGCCCGACACAAACACCUUGACGACCAGCUCGUUGACGACCUCGACAGAUGCUCCGGUACGGCCUACUCGACUGUCAUCAUUACCACGACUGACAAGAGUGGUGACACGAUAACUAGCACUCCGGCGUUGGUCACACAGACAUCGACUGUCACAAACAGUAGUGGUGGAACUUCGGUGGUGACCAUUAUCGCUCAAAAUCCUACACCGGCCAGCAACAAUGACAGUGUCUCCCAAACGUCUCAAUUCUUCAGCAACAAAGGCGCGGUAGCUGGCGUAUUUGUGAUUGUGGGCCUGACCGCAGCCUCGCUGGUGCUAUUCUUGAUUUGCUACAUCCGUCGAAGAAGGCGUCAACAGCGCAUGGAGCACGACGUCGUUGUGGCCUCUACCCUCGCCGCCGCGGGCUACAACCGCCAUCCGGUCGACGGCGACGAGGACGAGGAAAAGGGGAUGAGUCAGCCCAGCACGCCCGCGCCGUCGGCCACGUUCGGCGGGUCGAACCCCAGCAUGUCCUCUGGGCUGCUGAACCUGUACGCGGCCACCGGACUUCGGCCGGCAGCUGCGGAGGGCUACAACGUGCCGCCGACGCCCGGCACUGGCGAGUUCGACCCUUAUGGCACCCACGGCGCCGGCCCCAGCGCAGUCUCGCCUCCGCCACCCGCGCAACGCAAGGAUGGGUACGCCCCAGCACCAACGUCGAGCCCGCCGCCAGGCCCAGGCGGAUCGACAGCCGGCCGGCCCGAAACGCACAGCCGGAACACGAGCACGACGAGCUCGAUGGGAUGGGGACACGCCGCCAAGGGUAGCAUCGCAAGCACAGAGCCGCUGCUGAACGGAUACUACAGCGCCGCGACGACCGCACCGGCGACUCCCGCCGCGACGCCGACGCUCGACCUGGCGGCGAACGUGAGCGGCAGCAGUGAGACGCGGCGGCCGGCGAGUGGGGACAGCGGAGACACGGUGAGCGUGUACUCGGUCGACAGCGACGUCGUGCCAGAGCCUACAAGAGGCAAGCUUGAGAUUCGUAACCUCCCACCUGGUGUCAAGGUCGGCGACAUGUCGAGGGAAAACUCGCGGCGUGGGUGA